UUUCCUGUGAGCGCAUUCAGCUUUUAAAGAUUCAAACAAACAACUUUCAGACUAGGAGCUAAAAUCUACAGCAAUCAUGAUCUUGGAAGAAGCUGGAUUUUUUGGGGUGGGUUUGAUUCUGUGUCUCUCAGGUGUUAAUGGAGGAGAAAGCAGGAUCUGUGCUCUCAAAGGUUCAUCAGUGAAUCUGCACUGCUCACAUCAACAUCUGACUUCAAGCACCAAAUGGUUCACUAUAGACUGGGAUGGUUACAAGGAUGUUCAGAGUGAGCUCUCUGUGGAUGGACAACGUGUAACGUACAACAUGUCUGAAGAGAAAAACCCAACUUUAACCAUCAAUGUUCUAAGAGAGAGUGAUGCAAACACUUACUGCUGUAUGAAGACUACAGACAGUCCAGGACUCUGUUCACUCAGUAAUAUUACUCUUCAAGUUGUUGGAGAGCUGCAGGUAAAGGUGAUUCCUGCCACAGAGGGACAGACAGUAACACUGAUGUGCAGCAGCAGCUGUCCUCUGACUGAAAAGCCUGCAGCCUACAUCUGGUACAAGAACAGAGAGUUUCUCUAUGAGGACUGGUCUCCCUGGUACCAAGAGCUGCUCAGCAGUGAGGAAGCAGUCACAUACUCCUGUGCUGUCAAAGGCUACGAGGAUCUCAGAGCCCCUGAAGUCUCUGUGGGUUCCAUCACAGCGACCUGCUUCAGUGUGACCUAUGCUAAAGGGAGAAUGUGUUCUUACAGACAGACAUCAGUAGAUGAGCCGUGCUCCAUCACAUAUCCCAGAGAUAUUCAUGUUGAAACAUCUUCUGAUACAUCAGAUAUUGUCAGACUGACCUGUAACACCAGCUGUGCACUGACUGAGCCUGAAACUCAGUACAUGUGGUACCACAACAGAAGCAGAAACUACAGGAAUCAAAAUAUUUCAAUUAAUCGCUCUGCAAAAGACAAGUUCUCAUGUGCUGUGAAAGACCACGAGUACCUUCAGUCUCCAGAAGUCUGUGUUCAGGAUAAAAACUGCUGGAGAGUGAAUUAUGUCAGCAGGAGAAUCUGUGCUCUGGAAGGAUCUUCAGUCAACAUCACAAGUGAAUACUCACAUCCUGAUAACAUGAAGCCAGAGUUUAAAUGUUGGAGUAAAAAAUGGAGAAAAGAUGAAGUGGAAGUUGAAGAGCUGAUUGAAGCUGCGGGUCGUGUGGAGUAUCAGGACAACAUGAAGAACCAACACAUCCUGACCAUCAACAACCUGAAGAAGAAUGACUCAGGAGGAUACACAUUCAGAUUCCAGAAAGAUCAUGAAGGAUGGACACAGUCUGAUCUGCCUGGAGUCUUUUUGAUUGUCACAGAGCUGAGAGUGAAGAUGAGUCCUUCUGCAGUGGUGACAGAGGGUCAGAGAGUCACACUGACCUGCAGUACCAGCUGUCCUCUGACUGACAACACAAACUACAUUUGGUACUUGAACAGUCGACCUCUGACCCCGAGAGAGAACCAGAACAAACAUCUGAUCCUAGACCCAGUCAGCAGGGAGGAUGCAGGAAGCUACUCCUGUGCUGUGAAAACCAACAAAGAUAUCAGCUCUGCUCCAAAGACUCUCACUGUCCAAAGUAUCACAGGAACAUGGACACCAGCAGCUGCAGGAGUUUCUGCUGCUCUGCUGGUUUUAAUACCUCUCAGUAUCUCCUGUUUAUUUAGGAAAAAGAGAACUUCUAGGCAGUCUCCAACAACUGAAAGGUCUGACCAAAUUGAACAGCUCAGUCCUGGUCCUGUGUAUGAAGACAUCUCAGCACAACCAAAGGAGGAGGAUGAAGUCUACUACAGCAGAGUCUACUUUAAAAACAAUCAUGUGGUUCCUCUUUAUUCCACCUUACAGUCAGUUCAGCACAAAGAACAGGAGCCUGUCCAUUAUGCUGCUGUCAGCUUCAGCUCUGAUGGAGCAUCUGGUGUCACUCCAGCAGACACAGACUUACAGACUUACUCUACUAUAGAACUGUCAGACAGACACCGUGUUCAACAGUAAAUAUCCGAUUCAGACUUGUUGGGUGAGUAUCCCAGCUGUCAUGGCGGGGUACAACCUGAAGAACUCGCCAGAAACUGAGCCAACCUAAUCAGAACAAAAAUAGUCAGUUGUUGACAGCUGUAACAGUGAAUGUCUCUCUGACAUUCUCUGCCAUUUCUUCUAGCAUUUAUUAUGCUUCAGCCUGAAGUGCUUUUCUCCAUCUUGUGGCAGUGAGUGUAAUUACAAAAACACAUUUGAAGGUUCCUGAUGACUCCAACAAGAAGGGUUACAGAAAUUAGAUUUAAUCCUUCCUCUGAACAAUGGCCUUCAUUUUUUUCAUUUGUUUUGUUGCUAUAGGAUCAGCCAUACUUGUAAUUGCUGUAGACGACUCAGUUCCGACAAAAACAGUUUCUCUUAUUAGCUAUAACAGACUAUUGUUUGGGAUAAAAAGCUUCUUAGGCUCUAGCACAGGUCACAGAUUUUUUUCCUGAACUGGUCUCUGGUCUCACUCCACUAACUGAUAACAUUUGAUGAAAAUAUGAAAACAUUUAGUAAUGAUACAUGUUUUCCCAGUAUAAUACAGUAAACCUUUGUAUCAGUAGGUAACUGUAGAUUACAUUGUGCUAGGGGAAUUUUGCAUGUUGCUUUUGGUUUUUCUUAAUUUACACUUCCUCUUCUUGCCCAUUUUUUCACUUUUAGAAAAAUGUUUGAGACACAGAGCCUAUCUCUGUCUGGAUUUAGGAUAUCAAAAAAAUUCUUUCAUCCUCUCCAUGCACCUUGGAAGCAGGUGAAGUUGUGCCAGAAAUUUUUGCUGGAUUUAGGAUAUUACAGUCACUGUAUUAAUGUUAUUUAUGACUGUGAUCUCAGAGAUGAUGUAUGAUGGCAAAUACAGCUCAAAAAGUGCAUUCCACAAGAACUACAA